GCGCAAACCCGCCGGUAAGUAACUUUCCUGGCACAGGCCAAGACCCGUCUGUGUACAGAACGUAGCCAGACCAGGAGGGGCAGGCAUCAGGUGGUUCCUUAGGCCAGGACAGCCGGGCCCAGGAGGAAGUGGCUGCUUUGUUCCUUGGCACGGCUGCCUGUCAAAAUAUUUGCUAAGGAAGGGCAGAAGCUUGACUCAGAAUCAACUACACACCCAAGAGGUUCUGCUAAAAGUUGCUCCAAACACAGGAAAGCGUGCAAAACUUUUGGGAGCAAAAGGUGUUGAGUGAGGAAGCUCGGCGGCAGACCUUCACCGGUUCCUGACCCUCCCAUUGCUCGAAGCGGUGGAGCUGAGGAACAGAUGUGGAGCCUCUCCAGGGGUGGGCCCGAGAGACCCAUGGCUUCAAGCACCAGGGCCUGGGCUUUGCACUUGGCAGCCACCGAUCAUCGCCGCUGCCCUGGUGGCCGAAGGCAAAGAGCCCUCACAGCCCUCACCAUCUUCCUCUUCUUGCCACACUUUCCUACUUCUGGCUGUCCAGAUGUUUGCAGCUGCUCCCUGGGGAAAGUAAACUGUGUGGACCGGGGCCUGCGUUUGGUACCUCUCCAGUUGCCUACAAACGCCACCGCCCUCCUGCUGGAACACAACCUCAUCGCCACCCUCCAGAACGGCAGCUUUGCGGCCCAGAAAGUCUUGCGCCGCUUGAGCCUUCGCAACAACAUCCUGACCAGCGUUCACCGCCUGGCCCUGGUGGGCCUCCAUGAGCUGCAGGACCUGGACCUGAGCAACAACUCCCUCAGCCUCCUGCACCCAGACACUUUCCUCCCAGUGCCAACCCUGAGGACGCUGAUGCUGGGGCACAACAGGCUCCUGAGGCUGGGGCCAGAACUCCCCCGGGCCCUCCCCCGUCUCAGGGCCCUCUUUGUCCACCGCAAUGCAUUGAGCGACCUCCCGGCUGGCUUCUUCGAAAGCCUUCCUUCCUUGUCUUACCUGACCCUUGAAGGCAAUCCCUGGAUUUGCUCCUGUGGCCUCUGGUCCCUCUUCCUGUGGCUGGCGAAGAACGGGGACAAAGUUCCAGAGGCGAAUUCGUUGACUUGCAAACGCCGAGCAUCCCUCACCCAGUAUCCCAUCUCAGCCCUUGGAAACACAUCUUUUGCACGUUGCCAGCCGCCCCGGAUGCAUCUCCCCGGCUAUGCCUUCUUCCUCCUGAUCGGGCCAUCAACUUUCCUGGCCAGCAUUUGUGUCGGCAUCCUACUGGGCUCGGUGGCAGUGGCGCACCUGAAACUGAGGAGGAUGGGCUCAGGCAUUCGGCCACUGGCUCGGGUGAGGCGCGCAGGGACCCCCCCGCAGUAAGCGGGUUUCGCUCCCAAACAACGGUCCUUUGGCACUCUUCCCUGUGUCUCUGCCAGCAGAACUGCAGCAUCAGGAGCCCCUGUGGCGCAGUGGUGAGAGUGCAGUACUGCAGGCUGCUUCUGCUGACUGCCGGCUGCCUACAAUUUGGCAGUUCAAAUACCACCAGGCUCAAAGUUGACUCAGCCAUCCAUCCUUCCGAAGUGGGUAAAACGAGGACCUAAAUUGUUGGGGGCAAGAGGCUGACUUUGUAAACUGCUUAGAGAGAGCUGGAAAGCACUAUAAAGCGGUAUAUAAGUCCAAGUGCUAUUGCUAUUUAUAUAAUAGUUUUUGAAAUCGUUUCUGUUUCAAAUACCUUGCGCCUAAAAUCCCAAUUGCUCUCUCAGCCAGUGGCUGGGUCCUUGAUUUGGGCUUGCACAUACCUAUCCCUAUCCAAAGAGCCAUACUUGGGAACCC